ACACACUCAGUUAACAUCGGGUUUGACGACCGAUCGCUCCAUCUCUGCUCCUCUAAAAACCCCGCUCUGCUCUACCGCCUUUAGUACUACUACUACUACUACUACUACUACUACUACUACUACUACUACCCCUCCUCCUCCUCCUCCUCCUGCAUGUGUGGGGGUGAUGUGUGUGGAGGUGCAGCCCUUGUGAAGCUCUGUGGGGACACGUGAGGAGGCGGAGGACAGGAGUGGAUGUCUCUGUGAUCAGGACAUGAAACUGUCCCACCAGAGGAAGAGGGACCAGAACUAAAGGACCUGAGGCAGAAACAGGAGCCGCCGCCAUGGGCAUCGGACAGUCCAGCAAGCCCCCGGUCACGGACCAGACGGACGAGGUGAACUUCGACCACUUUCAGAUCCUGCGGGCGAUUGGGAAAGGAAGCUUCGGAAAAGUUUGUAUAGUCCAGAAGAAAGACACCAAGAAGAUGUACGCCAUGAAGUACAUGAACAAGCUCAAGUGUGUGGAGAGGAACGAGGUGAGGAACGUCCUGAAGGAGCUCCAGAUCAUGCAGAACCUGGAGCAUCCUUUCCUCGUCAACUUCUGGUACUCGUUCCAGGACGAGGAGGACAUGUUCAUGGUGGUGGACCUUCUUCUGGGAGGAGACCUGAGGUACCACCUGCAGCAGAACGUGCACUUCUCCGAGAGUACUGUCAAACUGUACGUGUCUGAGCUGGCCCUGGCUCUGGGAUACCUGCGCACCAAGAGGAUCAUCCACAGAGACAUCAAACCUGACAACAUCCUGCUGGACGAACACGGCCACGUGCAUCUAACAGACUUCAACAUCGCUGCUAUCGUAAAAGACGACCUCAAAGCAACAUCCAUCGCAGGAACCAAGCCAUAUAUGGCCCCGGAGCUGUUCCAGACGUUCGAGGGUUCUCAUCCAGGGUACUCUUUCUCCGUGGACUGGUGGUCUCUGGGCAUCACCGCCUACGAACUGCUACGCGGACAGAGACCAUAUGUGAUGAGGUCCAACACUCCGGCCAGUGAGAUCCUUCAGACCUUCCACAAAGUCCACCCCAGUUACCCGGCCGCCUGGUCCCUGGAGAUGAAGUCCCUGCUCAGAAAGCUGCUGUGCGUCGACGUGCAGAAGAGGAUUUCGUGUCUGGCCGAGCUGCAGGACCUGGACUACAUGUCGGACGUGAACUGGGACGCGGUGCUCGGGAAACAGCUCCCCCCCGGGUUCAUCCCCAACAAGCGCAGACUAAACUGUGAUCCCACCUUCGAGUUGGAGGAGAUGAUUCUCGAGUCCAAACCGCUGCACAAAAAGAAGAAGCGACUGGCCAGAAAAACCAAGGAGCAAGGGUCAGAUGGAUCUCCUGAGAAUGGACAGUUGCAGCAGCGUCUGGAUAACGUCCAGAGAGACUUCAUCAUCUUCAACAGAGAAAAAUCCAAGAAGACCACGCUCGACUCCGAAUCGUCCGAGCUGUCCAUCACGGAGAAGAACAAGGCCAUAGAGGACGGGCAAAACAACAACGUGGAACCUGCGACUUACGUAUCGGGAUAGGCCUUUGUCCUCCUCGCUCGUCCGCGAAUCCAUCCAUAAACUCGACCUGCUCCCGGACUUUAACAGCACAACCCUGUUCCACCACGCUCCAACGAAAAAAACUCACCGCCACUGGACAGCACUGUGCUUCAACGAAAACCCAAAAACGUCAACAUUUACAAGACGCCCGCGAGUACUCCGAGAACGAAACACAUUUUGGAAAGACUUUCUUGUGUUUCGCCGGUGCUUCUGACUCGAAAACGAAGGACAAAACCAGGCGCGAUGGAGAAAGACGUGUUUGACGGACGUAAAGAACGACACAUCGC